AUGCAGAUCUUUGGCAAAGCCCUGAAGGGGAAAAUCACCACCAUCAAGGCUGAGCCCAGUCACUCCAUGGAGAAUGGCAAGGCCAAGAUCCCAGACAAGGGAGGCAUCCCACCUGACCAGCAGCUGCUGCAGAAGUACUACUGUGACAAGGCCAUGCACAGCUGCCUAAGUGCUGCCCACACCUGCACCCUUGUGCGGUCAAAUGCCUCAAGAAGAAGGGUGGCCACAUCGACAGCCUGUGCCCCAAGAAAGUCAAAUAAAACGGGAGCACACAGUAAACCCAGCCUGUCAGCCCAGUCCAGCCCUGUGGUGUCUGAGGGAGGACAUGUAACCCUCCAGUGUGUCUCAAAGCAACGAUACUACAGGUUCAUUCUGACUGGGAAAGGAACACGGAAUAUCUCCAAAAUGCUGGAUUCAGAGUAUAACUACUCUACUCAGCACUACGAGGCCCUGUACUCUGUGGGCCCUUUGACCUCCAGCCAAAGGUGGACAUUCAGAUGCUAUAGCAACUACCUGAGAAGCCCACAGGUGUGGUCAAAACCUAGUGACCCACUGGAGCUCCUGUUCUCGGGGACCCUCCACAAACCCACCAUCAAGGCUGAGCCAGGCUCUGUGGUCACUUCAGGAAAACCCAUGACCAUCUGGUGUCAGGGGACCCUGGAUGCAGAAAUAUAUGUUCUACAUAAAGAGGGAAGCCAAAAAAACUUAGGUACACAGACCCCAGAGAAGCCUGAGAACAAAGCCAAGUUCUCCAUCCCUUCUGUGACAUGGAAACAUGGGGGACACUAUCGCUGUUACUGUUACAGCUCAGCUGGCUGGUCAGAGCACAGUGACCCCCUGGAGAUUGUGGUGACAGGCCUGUCCAAGAAGCCGUCCUUGCAGACUCACCAAGGCCAUAUCCUGGACCCUGGAAAGACCCUCACCCUGCAGUGUUGCUCUGACAUCAACUAUGACAGAUUUGCCCUGUACAAGUUGGGGGGAGAUGACCUCACCCAGCAUGAUGGCCAGUGGACCGAGGCUGGCCUCUCCAUGGCCAGUUUCACACUGGGUCCUGUGAGCAGCUCUACUGGAGGCCAAUACAGAUGCUAUGGUGCACACAACCUCUCCUCUGAAUGGUCAGCCUCCAGUGAUGCCCUGGACAUCCUUAUCAUAGGACAGCUUCCUGUCAGUCCUUCCCUCUCAGUGAAGCCUAACUCCACAGUACACUCGGGAGACAACGUGACCCUGCUGUGUCAGUCAACAUACAAAGUGGACACUUUCAUUCUGUCCAAGGAGGGAACAGUCCAUCAACCCCAGCGACUAAAAUCAAAGUCUGAAGCUUGGGAUUUCCAGGCAGAAUUCUCCAUGAGUGCUGUGACCUCUGCCUUCUCGGGCACCUACAGGUGCUACGGAUCUCAAGACUCAUCUCCCUACCUGUUGUCAUAUGCCAGUGCCCCUGUGGAGCUCACGGUCUCAGAAACCAUCGGAGGCCCCAGCCCACCACCCUCAAAGUCCAUGCCAACAUCUGGACUGGAAGUGUACCUGAAGGCUCUGGUCGGAGUCUCUGUGGCCUUCCUCCUGUUCCUCUUCAUCCUCAUCUUCCUCCUUCUCCGACGAAGGCAUCAGGGAAAAUUCAGGAAGAAUGGUGAGAAAGGUGUGGGUGACCUGGGUCUCAGGUGGUGGUAUGCUUCAGUGGAGGACACACAGCCUGCGGAUGGUGCCAAGCUGGACAGUUGGAGACCAGCUGAGGAAGACCCCCAGGGAGAGACAUAUGCCCAGGUGAAAGGCUCCAGGCUCAGGAGGGCAGGAGCUGUCCUUCCUUCUGUCAUGUCAGGAGAAGUCCUGGCCACCAAAGAUGGACAAGCAGAAGAUGACAGAGAGAUGGAUGCUCAGGCUGCUGAAUCUGAGGAGCCCCAGGAUGUGACCUAUGCCCAGCUGUGCAUCAGGUCACUCAGACAGGGGACAGCUGCACCUCCUCCCUCCCAGGCAGGGGAAGCCCCAGAGGAGUCCACUGUAUAUGCUGCUCUGGCAGUCACUCAACUGGGCUCUGUUCCCAGUAACAAGGAGCAAUGA